AACAAACCUUAUAAAGGACAAUAAUCUCAAUCCAAUAACAAGAUCAACCUUCCUAAUCAUACAAUGGCGGUGACUGAAUUACCAACCACAACAAGAACAACAAAUCAUAUAAAAAAAAUUUCAAUCCUACCUCUAAUCUUCAUCAUCUUCUAUGAAGUUUCAGGUGGACCAUUUGGUUCAGAAGAUGCAGUACAAGCAGCUGGUCCACUCUUAACACUUCUUGGUUUCAUAAUUUUCCCAUUUAUUUGGAGUAUCCCUGAAGCUUUAAUCACUGCUGAAAUGGGCACAAUGUUUCCUGAAAAUAGUGGUUAUGUUAUUUGGGUUUCAACAGCUUUAGGACCUUAUUGGGGUUUUCAACAAGGUUGGAUGAAAUGGAUUAGUGGUGUUAUUGAUAAUGCUUUAUAUCCUGUUUUAUUUCUUGAUUAUCUUAAAUCAACUUUUCCUUCUUUAGAAAAUGGUUUACCUAGAGUUUUAGCUUCUUGGGGUCUUACUAUAGUGUUAACUUUGUUGAAUUAUAGAGGUUUAACAAUUGUUGGAUUUGUUGCUGUUUUCUUAGGAAUUUUUUCAUUAAUCCCUUUUGUUGUUAUGGGAUUUAUUUCAAUUCCUAAGUUGGAACCUUCAAGAUGGGUUGAAGUUGAUUUAAAAGAUAUUGAUUGGAGUUUAUAUUUGAAUACUCUUUUUUGGAAUCUUAAUUAUUGGGAUUCUAUUAGUACUUUAGUUGGAGAAGUUGAAAAUCCGAAGAAAACGCUACCGAAAGGUUUGUUUUUUGCUUUGGUUUUAAUUGUUUCGGCGUAUUUGUUUCCUCUUUUGAUUGGUAUUGGCGCGGUCCCAGUGGACCGCGCGGUUUGGAGUGACGGAUAUUAUUCCGAUAUUGCUAAGAUCAUUGGUGGUGGUUGGUUGAGAUGGUGGCUUAAUGCUGCGGCCGCGUUAGCAAAUAUGGGCUUGUUUGUUGCUGAAAUGAGCGCAGACUCAUUUCAGCUUUUAGGUAUGGCCGAAAGGGGAAUGUUGCCGGCACUCUUUACUAAAAGGUCGCGAUACGGUACACCCAUUUUUGGGAUACUUUUUUCGGCCACAGGUGUGGUUUUACUUUCAUGGCUUAGUUUUGAUGAAAUUGUGGCUGCAGAGAAUUUCUUAUAUUGUUUUGGAAUGAUUCUUGAGUUUAUUGCAUUCAUUUUAUUGAAGAUUAAAAAACCAAAUGCAUUAAGGCCUUAUAAGGUACCUGGGGGAAAAAUUGGAGCUAUUAUUUUGUGUAUUCCUCCAACAAUAUUGAUUGGUUUUGUUUUAUAUUUCUCUUCUCUAAAAGUGAUGGUUAUAAGUCUCAUUGUUAUGGUGAUUGGUCUUGUGAUGCAACCUUGUCUCAAAUUUGUGGAGAAAAAGAAAUGGAUCAAGUUUUCUGUUAGUCCUGACCUACCUGAUUUGGACAAUUGGGAGAGUACUCAAACUUUGGUGCCUCAUCAUUUGGACAAUGGGGAGGGUACUCAAACUUUGGUACCUGAUCAUUUGGUCAAUGGGGAGGGUUCUCAAACUUUGGUGCCUAAUCAUUUGGACAAUGAGGGUACUCAAACUUCGGUGCAAUAAAUGUUAAUUGUUUAGUGUAUAGUAAGUAUAACACAGUUGAUAGUUAUUACAAAUAUUAUUGAAAGAAUUGUGAUUCAAAUUU